AUGAAGAACCAAUGGGGGCAAGAAUUGUCUGAACCAAAUACAAAUGAUAUCGAGCAAGAUGAAGAACCAAGUGGUGAAGAAUUAUCAUUAUCUGAUACAAAUGAGAUUGUGCAAAAUGAAGUUGAACAUGAAGAAUAUGGACCAGCGAAUAUUUAUGAUCCAGGUAAUUGGGGAACCAAUAUUAACCGAAGUUUGAGAGAUAUUUUGAUCCAGAAGAAGGUAACCAUAGAAAAGGAGAUGCAGGAACAAAUCAAGAAAGAGAAGGAUUAUUGGAAUCAAGUCUUGAUAAGAAUAGUGUCUCUUGUUAAAACUCUUGCCAAGAAUAAUUUUGCUUUCCGUGGAGAUGUCGACAAGAUUGGAGAAGCACAUAACGGUAAUUUUUUGAGCUUUAUUGAAAUGAUUGCUGAAUUUGAUUUGAUUCAAGAAGCCAUGUACUUUUCUGUGAUACUUGAUUGUACUUCGGACAAAAGUCAUGAAGAACAAAUGUCUGUUGUUAUAAGGUGUGUAGAUGUUUCAUCAACUCCGACAAAAGUUGAAGAAUUCUUCUUAGGUUAUUUGAAAGUAGAAGAGACGACCGGAGAAGGAAUUUUUGAAGAACUUAAAUCUUUUUUUCUCAAGCUUAAUCUUAACAUUGAUGAUAUUAGAGGACAUGGAUAUGAUAACGGAUCCAAUAUGAGUGGAAAGAAGAAGGGGGUGCAAAACAGGUUACUUGAGGUGUAUCAAGAUAAGGUUGGUGGUCUUACGGUUAAAGCAUUGUCAGAUACUCGAUGA